AUGUCAAAUGUCAGCAUUUCCGACACAGUAGCAACAGAACAAGGCGGAGGUUUCGCAGUGCAGAAGCGGUUAAAGGUGACAAACAACUCGACACUGAACCUUCAAAAUGUGAAAGCUGGCAGAAAUGGAGGAGGAUUGUUUGCCCUUGCAGAGGUUGACAUCGAUGGGAGCUCCACAGUGAAGGUUUCCAACAGCCAGGCCCACUCAGGAGAUGGAGGAGGAUUGCUCAUAGAAAAGGGGCUAAACAUCUCCAGUGGUUCUACCCUCAUCAUUCUGAAUGCGACAGCUGCAAGUCAUGGGGGUGGAUUCUGGGUGGGUGGUGAAAUGCUUGCUCUGAGCAAUUCAACGGUCAGCGUUCAACAUGCCACCGCUGGAAAGUGGGGUGGUGGUUUUUUGGCAUCGGACCAGGUUGUGAUUGCCGCAGGGUCAACUGUUAGCAUUUCUGAUGCAGUAGCAGCAGAAAGCGGUGGAGGUUUCCAAGUGAGAAAGCAUCUGCAGGUGAUGUGCAAAUCAACACUGAACAUUCAAAAUGUGAAAGCCGGGGACAGUGGAGGAGGGUUCAAUGCCGAAGGACAGGUUGAGGUACGCGAAAGCUCAAUUGUGAAGAUUUCCAACAGCCACGCAGUGUCUGCAAGUGGAGGAGGUUUUCACACAAAUGAGCUAAACAUCUUCAAUCGCUCUGUUCUCAUCAUUCUGAAUGCAACAGCUGGAUCAUCUGGCGGGGGCUUCCAUUCCUCGGGUAAGGCCGCGGUUUUUUCCAGCUCGACUAUCAGUAUUCAGCAUACAAGAGCUGGAUUGUUCGGUGGAGGUUUUAUUGCAGUGGACAAGGUUGUGAUUGCUGGAAGAUCAACUGUGAGCAUUUUUGAUGCAGUAGCAGCAGAUCAAGGUGGAGGCUUCCAAGUUGAGAAGCAUUUGCAGGUGACAAGCCACUCAACACUGAACCUUCAAGAUGUAAAAGCGGGCAAACAUGGAGGAGGGUUCCAUGCUUUUUAA